AUGGAGAAGCUGCGCAGCUGCAUUUCCACAUCCAUUCAUUUUCUAUCUCUCGCCAAAUCAGAGCCAUGGGAUGCUGCCUUCCACAUCAGGCAGCAAGAUGAGGAAGGUUUGGUUAUGGAGGCGACGGGCUGGAGGUUCAAUAUCCCAAUGGAGGAGAUGAAGGGUUCUUUGGUCGGAAUCUCGUUUCUUCUCGACCGUGGUGGAUACUUCUGGUGCAUACUUUUUCAUGCCCUGCAACAUUACUCCGACGCAGAAUGGCAACCAAUACGUGGCAGCGACGGACUACGUGUUGUGAACAGGAGUCAGAAUGGAGAGUUCUGGCUCUGUGAACUAGAGUAUGGCAAUGUACACAGCACAAUACCCUUUACCCUCCUGAAGAAAACAUCACCUAGUAGGCUUAUGAUCUCACAAGCGGAGUCCACUGGCGGUAAAGUCGACCAGAGCACGGUGCAGAUUUUCCUCACUCUUCUGAAGAAUGCGUUAGCAGGGAAUCUGAAGUACUUUUGGCGGUGGAUGCUCACCAUUUUUGGCAUCUUGAGGAUAGAGCAAUACCAGGGCAGGACCUUUGUCUAUCCGCCGGGAGAGAUUCUUCUAUUCUGUCAAGCCAUGUUCGAUACCAAACGCGAUGACUUUGCACCUCAGCAAGUGUUUAUUGUGAUCAAGAAGAUGACCAGUAAUGACGACCACUUUCACGAAGAGCUCCAAUUCCUCCUACACGCCAUGCGGAUGAGGCUUUGCUCUCCUGGCGUUUACGAGACGGAUGAAGGUCGUGCAAUUCGACUUGCCAUUGGGUUCACCCGGAAUUGUUUGAUCUCGAUCUCAGGAACCAACAUGGAUAAUCUUGAAGGACGUCUUCAAGAUUUCUCUCCUGUUGUCCCAGGAGUUUGGGAAAUUACGUUCACAUUAAAAAAUCAAGAGUGCAUUGUAUCAAAGCGAGGCAGCCUUGCAGAGCUGGUACAAAUCAUCCGGUACAAGGAACCCGCCUCCCCCCCGCCACCAAAGAGACUGAGCUAG